AUGUCGGACCCCAAGCAGUUAACCCGCCCCCGCGAGAUCGUCAAGGUCGCCUUCGACUACGAGCUCGCCAACUGCCCUGGCAAAUCUAUUAUCGGCCUGCAACUCGAACUCCCACCCGGUGGUUGGACGCCUCCCCACAGACACGGAGGCGCACAGGUCGUCGCUCUCAUUCAGGAGGGUGAGAUGCUCAGCGGAAUGAACGGAAACCCGCCCAAGGUAUACGGACCUGAGCAGACGUUCAUGGAGCUUCCCGGGUGUCAUCACACCGUGGGAGACAACAACAGCGCGACCGAGCGCUGCCGUUUCUUGGCCAUCAUGGUCGUUGACACUGAAACGAUUAAGACGGGCGGAUAUGCGGCUCUCACGGUGUUGGACGAGGAGUGGAGGAGCUAG